GGCCGGGGUCCUCCCGCGAAGUGGCCCGACGAGCCGGCCGCCUUCGGCGCCCGCGGGGGAGAGGACGCCCCCGUGAGCCGCGGCGGGCGCAGCCCAGACGGCGGGGGGGGCCGCUCCGUCGGAGCGAUGGUGCAGUCCUGCUCCGCCUACCGCUGCAGGAACCGAUACGACAAGGACAAGCCCGUUUCUUUUCAUAAGUUUCCUCUUACACGACCUGACCUCUGCCAGAAGUGGGAGGCCGCAGUGCGAAGAAAAAACUUCAAACCUACUAAAUAUAGCAGUAUUUGUUCAGAACACUUUACUCCUGAUUGCUUUAAGAGAGAGUGCAACAACAAGCUACUGAAAGAGAAUGCCGUACCAACCAUAUUUUGUUUCACUGAACCGCAUGAAAAGACCGAGGAAAUUUUCGAACAUCAAGAACAGCUUCCUCCUCCACCACCUCCUGUACCCCAAGUGGAUGCUGCUAUUGGAUUAUUGAUGCCUCCGCUACAUACCCCUAAUAAUCUUGCAAUUUUCUGUGAUCACAACUACACCGUGGAAGAUACGGUGCAUCAGAGGAAAAGGAUUCAACAGCUAGAAGAACAAGUUGAAAAACUGAGAAAGAAGCUCAAGACUGCACAGCAGCGGUGCCGAAGACAGGAACGCCAGCUAGAAAAACUCCGAGAGGUUGUACAGUUUCAAAAGGAGAAAGACAUCUUAUCGGGAAGAAGAUACGUGCUUCUGCCUAAUGACUAUUUUGAAAUUGUAGAAGUACCAGCUUAAAAAAACUGGAUUGAUUUCCCCCCUCCCCCAGAGGCAAUACCACAUGGCCUCCAUAAAAUAACACAAGCGUUUAAUUCGAUCUCAGCACUUAAUGCUUUGUGUAAAACAAUUCAGGAUUUAAAAAAUACUGGAGAUGUGUAAUGGUAAAAUGUCAUUCUUCCUUUCCCUGUCAUUUCAGGGUUUUUUGUUUUUGUUUUUUACAUUUGACAAUUUUUUAAACUACAAAGCCAUCCCAAAAUUGUGUUCUAAGAUUAUGAGGCAAGCUUGCUUUAAGAGUGUGAAUUUGAUUUUUCUGUUUUUUGUAUCCAUAAAAAAUAAGUGAAAAAUUUAAUUGGAAUACGACUACACGACGUAUGAUUCAAAUUUGAAAAUCUGGUAGAAAGGAAUUACCAAAUGUAUUUAUUGAUCAUAGCAUUGCUCCGUGCAUGGAUUUCCUCCUUUUGAAUUCUCGCAUAUUAAUGCAUUUCACUUUCAGAAUUGGCUGGCCAGAUCUUGAAUAAUAGGUAAGGCAGUUUCACAGAGGAAAAAAUGAGAUGCUUUCUGAACUUAUUGUCCUGUUUGUCCUAUUUUUCCAUCCUCUGCAUGGUCUUGGUUUAGAAAAAAAGUAUUCAAAACUAAAACGUUGCAGAAUAUUCAUAAAAGUGAGGCUAGCACUGUAUCGUAGUGUUUGAAAAUGCAAAAUUAGAUCACCAAAGCCCCUAAAUAAAUUAGUCAUACUAUGGUCAUGCGAACCUAUAUAAAUAUUUUAAAAAUCAAGUAUGGUUCACGGUAAACAGGUAUUGGAAUAGGAAUUGAACGUGGUGGGAUUUUUAGGCUGACAGUUAAACACUAGCCCUGAAUCCUAAAGUGGUUAGUAGUAAUUGCUAUUUUCCAAGUGCUUUGCAACAAGAAACCAAUGAGAAAUAUCCUUCUUGUCUUACUUUGGAAACGCAAACCGAGUCAGAGAAACUGUGAUUUACAUAGUCCUACUUCUCUGCUUAGUUCACUGCCAUUAUGCUACUGAGGUGUCCAUUGAUUCUCUCUGGUGAUGAGGAAUUUCUAGAUGAUAGUCAUUUAUCUUGUCAUCAAAAAGACCCUGAGACAUUUAAGCUGAAAGUUUCUCUGCAAGUGCAGUUAAUUAGAUCUCCUAAAAUGUUCAAAUGUUUAUCACAUAUGACUCCGUGGCCCAAAUUAUUUUUUGCACUAAAAAGUUAACUUCUACUUUGUCUAUUUUUCUUUCUGCUUCCCAGCACUAGGGAAGCAAAGCGUUUACUACUUGCUAGUUUACAAACGGUUUUUACUUGAGAGCAAAAGGGAAUUCCUCGUCUUUCUCCGUAUUAGGUGUCUUUGUGACUGCUGUCCCACGAGCUCAGUAAUGGCCCAACAGAUAGAAUUCUUGUGUUAAUUUACUUUUUAAGAUUAAGUUCACAAAAGGCUUCUGGUUAUAUUUUUAAGUAUGGUUCUUUUAUUAUUUUUUUUUUAACCUGCCACCGCUAUCAUGGCUUAAUCUAAAAAUGGGUAAUAUAAAACAUAAGAUACAUUUCUGAAACCUCACACUGAAAAACACCGGUCUAAGUGUGGUUCACGGGCACACCAUUGGCCACUCCUAGAGAUUAUUCCACCAGAAAGCACGCUCAUCCUUGGCUAUUGGUUCCUUCCUGCUAUGUGCAUGGUCCUAAAGAGCUCAUCUGCCCUACUAUAAAAAUAAGAUUUUUGGAAGUGACUUAGUAUCUGUGGACUGGCUUAAUUUUUCUCCUCUACCCUCGUUCCUUUCCUGCCACCUUCUCCUCAACAGAAACAGUCUUUGGGAGCUGUUCCCUUGCCAAAGUAGUCGUCAGAUGGAAAAGUCUGAGAGCACUGCAGCAGUGAUGAAUCUCAGACUUGUAAAUAUAAGGGCUCCCUCCGUCAUCACAGUGGUUAGAAGGGAAAAGCCAAUGCUUCUUUUCUGGUCUGGGCGCAGAAACGGCAGCAUCUGGUGUGUCCAACCGUUCGUCGGUAGCGUUGCUGUUUCCGGAUGGGAUUAUGAUAUUCGGUGUUCUGUUGAAGAAUAAGGCGGAGCAUUCAUGUGAAAGAACAAAUGACAAGUGGUGUAGUGAAUUAGAAGUGAAAAUGAAUGCUAAAGCAAAAAUAAUAAUCUCAUUUAACAAAGUUUUGCUCAAAGGAGUGGUGCUUGACUUUCUAGGUCUUGGAUAUGACCCUGUGUUGUUUUAUUCCGAAAGGAGUAGUCCUCUGAGUUAUAAAUAUCGUUUGAAAACUUCUAACUACCAAUUGCCAUUUUUGUUUCUUAGCUGUUCUGACAAAUUCGUGUUUUCUUGCUUUCCACCUUAGGUCAGCUGAAGUUCAGGCUUAUUGAUACUUCUAGAGAUUGCCAGGAUCAUUUACAAAUCUCUCUGUUUUGUUUUUUUCAAGGAAUGUGCAGACAGUUGUGGGCUGGGGGAGAGAUAGAUUUUGUAUUUCAUUGAUCUCUAUCUUUGCCUAAAGAACAAAUACUCAAUAAAAUCUUCAGCUAA